UUAGGGUUCAAGUCUUUUUUUUGGUGAAGCCUUAGCCGCCGCAGUUGAAGCUUGAGGAUUGGAGGAUGUCUCACAGGAAGUUCGAGCACCCUAGACACGGUUCUCUUGGGUUUCUCCCAAGAAAACGUGCUAAUCGCCAAAGGGGAAAGGUGAAGGCUUUUCCUAAGGAUGAUCAAAGCAAGCCCUGCAGGCUCACUGCUUUCCUUGGUUACAAGGCUGGGAUGACCCACAUUGUCAGGGAAGUGGAGAAACCUGGAUCAAAGCUUCACAAGAAGGAGACCUGUGAGGCCGUGACCAUUGUUGAGGUUCCCCCAAUGGUCAUCGUUGGAGUCGUUGGAUAUAUCAAGACACCACGUGGUCUGCGUUCCUUGAACACUGUCUGGGCUCAACAUUUGAGUGAGGAAGUGAAAAGAAGAUUCUACAAGAACUGGUGCAAGUCAAAGAAGAAGGCUUUUACCAAAUACUCAAAGACAUACGAGUCUGAUGAAGGCAAGAAAGAUAUCCAUACACAGUUGGAGAAAAUGAAGAAGUAUGCCACUGUUAUCAGGGUUUUAGCCCAUACUCAGAUCAGGAAAAUGAAGGGAUUGAAGCAGAAGAAGGCACAUAUGAUGGAAAUCCAGGUGAAUGGAGGAACAAUCGCACAGAAAGUUGACUAUGCAUACGGUUUCUUUGAGAAACAGGUUCCAGUUGAUGCUGUCUUCCAAAAGGAUGAAAUGGUUGACAUCAUAGGUGUGACAAAGGGUAAGGGUUAUGAAGGUGUUGUCACUCGUUGGGGAGUCUCAAGACUUCCACGUAAGACUCACAGAGGUCUUAGGAAAGUUGCUUGUAUUGGUGCUUGGCAUCCGGCUAGGGUUUCCUUCACUGUUGCUAGAGCUGGUCAGAAUGGUUACCAUCAUCGUACCGAAUUGAACAAGAAGAUCUACAGGCUUGGAAAGGCUGGAUCUGAAACUCACACUGCUGAUACAGAGUUUGACAGGACCGAGAAGGACAUCACUCCAAUGGGAGGCUUCCCACAUUACGGUGUUGUGAAGGACGAUUUCUUGAUGAUCAAGGGUUGUUGUGUCGGACCCAAGAAGAGGGUUGUAACCCUUCGACAGUCUCUGUUGACUCAGACAUCCCGUUUGGCCUUGGAGGAGAUCAAGCUCAAGUUUAUCGACACAUCGUCCAAGUUUGGGCACGGUCGCUUCCAAACCACAGAAGAGAAGCAGAAGUUCUAUGGACGUCUCAAGGCUUAAGUGCAAACUUGGUUUGUAUUUGGUAAUUUUGAUAUUAAUUAAGAUACUUUGAAACUUUUUGGAUAUUUUUGUGUCACAUUUUGUGGGUAUAAGUGGAUUUUGUGUUUAAUAUUUUUUUUUGAAUAUUAUUAUGUUUUGGAGAUUUAAUUUAGA